AUGGCAGUCGCAGUAGAGAGUGCUAUCUUGGAUGUCCCCUCUUUCAAUGCAAUCAAGACCUUCGAAGAACAGGAAAAGGAGGUGGAUAAGGCGACCUUGAGAGCUAUAGCGAAUAUCUUUGUCAGUCAUAACAUGCAUAUGAAGCUAGGAGCCGGGCUUCUCUAUCGCCACGAUACACUCCAAGACCGAACUGUGAUGUUCCACGAGGUCUAA